AUUACCAGCCGGUUGGAUCCAUCAUACAGCCUAUUCUUGAUCCAUAUCUUGUUCAUAAACCAGUUCCCUGUCAUCCAACUCAGCAUCAGCACCUCCCCUCACAACCAACCCCACCUUCCCAACCACAUAACCACUACUCCAUCGGGAACCAGUGCCUUUCCCGGCAUGGGUCCGCUACGUCUUGCUCCAUGGAACCCAUAUCUCAGCUUCAUUAUCCACAUAAAUUUAUUAACAACCCCUCCCACUGCUUCAACCGUGAUGCGCCACAUGAUAGUCCUCCUCUAUCUUACUACACUCACGAUAUGCCUCGCAAAACAAAACUUCUUCCUCUUUCCCAAGAAAAUGCCCCUCAGAACAAUGAUUCUCGUGGUUUUUCUCAAGAUCCAUUACCUCAUAAUGCCCAACCACUUCUACAGAAUGAUAUUACAGACUCUCCACGUCCACAUUAUCCCCAAAAUCUGCUGGCUUCAAAAACCAUUCCUCCUCACGGCUUUCUUCAAGACCCUCAUCUUUAUCGUUGCUCUCGAGACAUAUCAAAUUAUAACCAAACCCCCAGACCGUACCCCGUUCCGUCUGAUGUUUUAGAUCCAAACAAUCCCACAAGUGGGUUAUAUUCUCAAGAAAAUAGUUUAGUUCUUCCUCGACGACAUCUGAAACAGUCUCCAUCAUGUCAUUCUCUUCCACAGAUACCUCCAGGCACCCAUUCCAAUUUUCACGGUUCUGUUCAUGGUCCAAGUUUCCAUUACCAAUCACACACUUCACCCAUUCAGCAACGCCACAACCCAAAGCUUGAGAGUACUGGGCACGAAGGAAACAAUAAUUCUCGUAAUUAUUCUCCAGGACCCACCUACCAUGAGCUGACACCAGUGAUCAUCAGUCGACAAAAAGACAUAAGAACUCAAAUACCCAAGCCAACUUCACCCGAAGGUUCGUUCCUUUCAGUGCCAAAAGCAGAACCAGUGAACCCUUCAGACACCAGUCCACACCGACAUAGCCACCAGCUUUCUUUAAAUAAACAUACUGUUAGCUGUGGUAAGACUACAUUUCCUAGAUCAGACACAGAUAAAGCUAUUGCCGUUCAGUCUGACUGCGAAGCACCACCUUGCCCCAAUCCUAGUACUGUGUUAAACGGACGAAUGAGUUCAUCUUUGGAAAAGGAACGACCACCAAUUUCUCUGCCUGGAAAGAAUACACCCAGUUGUUCGACAGCGAACGGAAAUCAGAACAUAUCAUGCACACCCAACCACAAGAACCAAAAUGUUGUUAACCAGACGUUGGCUUCCGAAAAGACUAAAGAGUUGAAAAGUAAGCGAAGAACUAAGAAAAGAGUUACUUCUAAUCAAAACAGCAAUAGCUCAAACAAUAAAGCACUCAAAAAUUCGUUAAAGGAAGGUAAUGGUUCUUUCCAUGUUCUAAAAUCCAGCAGCAUAAAAAUAAAGCACAACCAAUCAAAAAAGUUUGACUACGUAAUUAAACAAGAACACCAAGAUGAAAAACAGCGCAAGACUAAAGUUAAACUAUCCAAUAAGAGUGCAAAAAAUUUAAAGUUGAACGGCAGCUUGCCACUAUCAAAACAAGAACUUUCAAGGAAGAACGGAAAAAAGAAACACUCAAACGGGUGGUCGUGGGAUGGAACUCCUUUCCAAAAACUAAUUUUUUUAAGUAACGACAACCCACCCCGUUUUAUGAAGUGCUUCCUUUCCAUGCGCCACCUGGAGGGUGAUGUCAUACGGGUUAAAGACUGUGUCCUCUUGAAGUCCGGUCCAAAAAAGACAGACCUCCCUUUUGUCGCGAAAGUAGUAGACUUAUGGGAAGACCCGGAAGAUGGUGAAAUGAUGAUGAGCUUAAUGUGGUACUAUCGACCCGAGCACACUGAACAAGGCCGUAGACCGCAGGACAUGGAAGACGAAAUUUUCGCUUCUAAACACAGAGAUGUCAAUAGCGUGGCAUGCAUCGAAGACAAAUGCUACGUCCUUACAUUUACAGAGUACUGCAGGUAUCGUAAAGGUGUGAAGCUGGCCGAGGAAAAACACCACCCCGAGAUCUCCAUGGUUCCUAAACCAGAAGGGAAGUAUCCCCGUGUCAGCCGACUUCCACCAGAAUGGGUUUCUUCAGAAAUGGUGUUCUUCUGCCGGAAGGUCUACGACUUUCGUCAGAAAAGACUUCUUAAAAAUCCCAUGUAGAAAUAGACUGUUUGUAAUUAUAUAUACAUAAUGUGACCUCACUCAUUGUUACGUCAUAUUGUAAAUGGAAGAGUCAGCCCAUUGGUUAUUCAUCAACAUCGUGGACGAAGCUUUUCAUUGUUCUUAUUAUCCUACCCAGCCCACGCACAGGAGAAUUUCCUAGCUAGUGAAGCACCAGUAAGAAUGUCUUGUCUGCCUUCAACUGUGCUGUGGGAAAUAAUUAAAAAACAAGAGAGCACGUAGACAGCUUCUGUUCACUGUUCUCGUAAUUUGCUAUUGUUUGAAAUGAAGAUGCGAAAAAAAAAAAAGACGCGCCUAUUUCUUUCUGGGAAAUAUAUAUAUAUAUAUAUAGAUACUGUCAUUUAUUUUGCGAUAUUUCUAAAAUACUGUUAUUAUCAAAUAGUAAUGUUUUCGGACUUGUUUCUUGUAGGAAUCAAGUAUUUGUUUCAUUUGUUCGGCACAAAGUCUUUUACUUAUUGGUAGAUGAAACUUAAAACUGUAUAGUUAAAUGACAAACAUAUUUCAGAGCAACUUUAAAGGGUGAUGGCUGAAACUACAUCAAUUGUUUUGUCCAAGAAGUAAAAUCGUUUCGCUCUGAACUUAUUAGUGCUUUAAAACCGUUAAAAUAGUACAUAAACGUACGUAGUUGGAAUAUUGGAGGAGAAUGGGAGUGACAGUUAUGGGAAUGUUAUUGUUUUUCAUGUUGGAUUACAUUAAAUUUUAUAUUCGUCUAGUAAAUACUGAAAAAUACAUUUUAUGAUACAAUGCUAAGUCAUCGCUCAUAUACAAGAAAAUGUUACAUUUGAUAUAUAUAUAUCUUUAAAAUAGCAUAUCCCCAGGUGGCUCAGCGAUAACUCUGGGGGCUUAUAACGCAAAAAAUCUGGUUUCGAUACCCACUGUUGAUAGAGCACUAAUAGCACGAACAAACAGAAUACCAUAAAUAUUUUUUAAUAUUAUUUUUGUCCAUGGGAAAAGUCACUACUGAGGAUUUUCGUCUUUUAAAUAACUUUAACUUGCAGUAAGAACAGUUUUUUUUGUGAAACUAAGUGAUUCAUUUUUGCUUCUUCUGAUAUACAAGGUUGUUCAAAAAUUAAGUUACCUCACAGUUAUGUAUGGACUACUAAUUAUUUUAACUUUCAUUUUUAUUUAGCAGUAAUAUGUAAACAGUACAUAAACAUGGUAAACACACUGACAAAAGGUCUGACAAUAUAGUUUGAAGGAAUGAUGUCUAAGGAACAUUUCAAAUGAAAAUGACUACAAUGAAUGUAUAGUUCCUGAUGUGUUAGCUAGACAAAACAUGUAAGAUCAACAUUUUUAAUUAUGUGAUACAAUAGUACGAUAGAGUAUGUAUCAAUAUAAAAAAUGCUAUAUAUGAGGAAUCUUAAUAUUUCAUUUUGGAUUUUACUAAUAUUGCAAAUGUCUCUCAGCUAAUCCUCCUAAUCGGAAUCCGACAUUGGUAACAUUGCCUUGGGAUUCUGGCAGUCUUUGCCUACCAUACAAGCACAGCUCUCAAUUCACUAAGUCCAUUAACUCUACACAUAUAUCUUCGUCUUCUGUAUGUUUUCUUACAAUUACAAGCACCAAGUGCAAGAACACACAUUGGUGUGGAUCUUUUAUCAUAAGAAGCAAUUUCGGUUUUCCCUACUUUAUUUCACACCCAUGCUUUAUUGGGAUGACACUGCUUACAGAGCAACUAUUGACAUGUAGGACUAGUAAGUUGCUCGUUUAGUGUGAUAUUUCAAACAUUCUAACAUGAGCCUAAACUUUCUUCUGUUGUUUGUGCCAGAAGAACCAGUGUUUGUCAUUCUCAAUUUUUUUUCCAUAAUCUGUUUUCAGCGUGCAGAUAAGUUUUUCAACAUAACUGAACUUCACACCAAGUCCUAUAAUGUACUGAUGUAGAAACAUCUGUGUAGCUUAUACUUUUCUGGGAAAUUUCAGAAUGAUUACAUACUAGUUCCAAUUCCUUGUUUGACUAAUGGUCAUUAGCUCCAAUCACUUGUUUGGUUAAUGGUAAUUUGCCCCAAUUAUAUGGUUGGUUAAUGGUAAUUGGCUUCAAUUAUUAGCUUCACAAUCUUUCUACUUCAGUAAUUGAUAUUACAGCUGAUUUUGGCUUGCGGUUUUUACCAGUUUUCACUGUCUUCAUAAAACAAACCUUGAUAUAUUUUUUACAAUUGCCACAAUUUCCUUAAUGAUACUUCCUAGAUUUAUUCAGAAAGGGUAAAAAUACCGUAAAAACCAGUCAGACUUUUACAGUAGUGGGUGUUGAACGAAACGUUAUUUCUAAGCCCAUAGAAUUAAUUGACUCUUGACUUGACUUAACUUUUCGACCGUCCUGCAUAAUAUAGCAAAUGUAAGUGGACAUUGUUUUAUAUAUAUUGUAAAAAUAGGUAAAACUGAAGGCAACUAGUAAGAACGCUAUCAUAAAUAUUAACAGAUAUAACAAAUCGUCUUUUGUUGUUUUUUUUACCACGUAAUCCUAAAGCAGUUGCGAUUGGUGCAAUGACUUUAUAUUUUUUCACUUCUUGUAAACACUGGUCUGUUUUUAACUGCAAAGUAAGUUUUGAAUUCCUAAAUCGGUGUGGUUCCUUCUUUCUCGCGCCCUUCUGAGUGAUAUACAUAUGAUGGUGAGUGUAAGCACCAAUAAACCUGGAGGUAGAAUAAUAUAUAUAUAGUUGUUGUUAUAUGUGUACAAUAGUUUGGGGCUGGAGGGGACGUCCUAGUGACCACCUGGUCGUAAAGAGGAACGUUUAAGAAUACUCCAAUUGUUUGGAAUCAAUUGUCACGUGCGUUGUAAGUGAUUUGUUAAUGGUUGCUUGUUGGUCAGUAGUUAUAGAUUCUCUACAUUCCGGGAUGGAGUAGGGGGAAGGGAAGAUAGUUUGUACUUAAUACCAGCAAAGAUUAAACCAUGGAUAAAGAAAAUGGCAAAAGUAAUAGUUAAUUUCUGCCUUGCAUGGUUUCAAGUAUCACAAAGUAAUAGUUACUUUCUGCCUUGCAUGGUUUCAAGUAUCAUAAAAGUAAUAGUUACUUUCUGCCUUGCAUAGUUUCAAGUAUCAUAAAAGUAAUAGUUACUUUCUGCCUUGCAUGGUUUCAAGUAUCAUUAAAGCAAUAGUUAUUUUCUGCCUUGCAUGGUUUCAAGUAUCAUAAAAGCAAUAGUUACUUUCUGCCUUGCAUGGUUUCAAGUAUCAUAAAAUGAAUAGUUACUUUCUGCCUUGCAUGGUUUCAAGUAUUAUAAAAGCAAUAGUUACUUUCUGCCUUGCAUGGUUUCAAGUAUCAUAAAAGCAAUAGUUACUUUCUGCCUUGCAUGGUUUCAAGUAUCAUAAAAGCAAUAGUUACUUUCUGCCUUGCAUGGUUUCAAGUAUCAUAAAAGUAAUAGUUACUUUCUGCCUUGCAUGGUUUCAACUAUCAUAUAUAUGGCUUAGCCACUUCGUUAGGCAAUUGGCCCAUUAUCUACUUUUGUAAUGACAAGCGUUUAUUUUUAACAUUAAUUCACCAAGACUGCAUUAUGCCUUUCUCUAUCUGUAUGUAACGGAAUGUUUGAAUAAGAAAAAUUAGAAAUAUAUUUAUUGUGAAUCAAUAAGAACUUCUGAUCAAAAGUAUAAAAAGUACCCUAUAAGUUAAUUGAAGACAAUGUUUCUUAAUAUACUGAAUAGAAGUACUUAAUAUCAUAAAUCAUUACAAAAAACAUAACUAAAGUUUAUAAUGAUCAGAAUGCGUUGAAUCGCCAUAUACAAUUCCCUUGCUGUUAACGGUAUUUUUGGAAGUUUUUCUAUUAUUAAAUAUAUAUAUGUAUUACAGCAUUAGGCUAAUCCUAAUUGUUCAUUUUACUAUCCAUAAAGAAAAGUUACAAUCGGAUUCUGCGCUUAUUAUAGACUACUAUUUUAAUGUGUUACCUAUGUACGUGAAUAUCUGUUAUCAUAUUUCUAUUUCGAAAUACAUGCACGUAGCAGUGAACUGUUAUGUUUUUGUAACAAUGGGGGAAACUAUAAUAUCCCAUUUGUUGUUAAUAGUUAGUAAAUUAUAUACUUUAUUACAAAGAAAAGUCGAUCUGUUUAAUAAUAAUCUCAAUUUUCAAGUUAUCAGUUUACGACCUAUUGUGGUGCAAUCACGGGUACGUGUUUGUUUGUUUUUUUUAGCAUUAUCACUAAUUUAUCACUUAUUAGCCUAUGUAUUUUCUGAUAUUCUUCUCAUCUCUAGCUCAUGUUUAAAAAUUUUUUAACUCUUAAAUAGUGAUUUGUUUGGCUCAAACGAGGUGUUUUUGUUUCUUAGUGCAGUAUGUACCAGAACUUCUAGUUUCAAACACUUUGUUAGAUUUUUCCAAAAAAAAAGCAUUCUUUUUUUUUUGACUUUUAUCAACAGAAAAGUAUAAUGUAGCAAACGCAGCAGGUUCUACACAAUAAAAAAAAUUACUAACAUUUACGAAACAAGUCCACAUUCUACACUGUCUGUUCUUUCUUUUACACUAUACCGGAGCCGGGUGUGGCUUAGUGAUUAGCGUAUUCGGACUGUGAAUCCGAGGGUUUAUGGUUCGCGGCUCGUUACCACGAAAACUCACUCCGCACUUUGGGUGACGGUCAAAACUCUCUAUUUUAUAAGAGUGGUCCAAGCGAUGGCGGUGGAUGCUGUUGAUUAGUUGCCAUUCUCUCUUGACUGUCAGUUCAAAAUUAGGGACUGCUAGCACUGCUUGUGUUGCUUUACGCGAAUAUCCGAAACAAACAACUAUUCACAUUACUUUAAUAAAAACACUUUAAUAAUUAUUCCAUUACUAACAUAUAAAUCAACAUGUUAAUGCUGGGAUUAUCAGGUCAAAAGUGUAUCAAGCUGCAAUAAGCCUACUUUACACAUAGUAGAAUAUUGUACAACCCAUAAUGAGCGAAAGUACAGUCAGAUUGCUUUGGUGAAACUUAAAUUAUCAUAUUUUAUUUACAUUAUAGAUAUAGUAUUUGUCGCUGUUAAUGGUGAUUAAGUUAUCAAAAAAGGGAUUUUUAAAUUAUUUAUAUAAACCCAGAAAAAAAGAUGGAAAAUUGGAAAUAAUCGAAAAACUUCAGUCUAGGACUAAGCUUAAUGCGUUAUCAAGUUAAAGCUUAAAUGGUCUAAAUUCAUUUGACACGAGCAGUUAAGAUGUUCAUCUUAAUAAGUACUUUCACACAAGAGCUUGAAAGGUAUACUUAGUCUUAAAUUUCCAAAGAUGGGAAUGCAUUGUUCAAUGUUGCCUUGAUAAUGUGAUAAUUAUAGUUGAAAUAUAAAGAUUGAUAUUCUGUAUCUCUUAGAAGAUAAAAAACAUAAUAAUAUACAUGCAAAUAAAAGUCCAGUGUUAAAUGUUUGAAUGUAAUUAUCGAGGUUUGCUUUAAAAAUUGAAAAAAUAGCAUGUAAAAAGGAGAACCAAAAUAGCACACAUGUCAUUCAAAUGUGAAAGAUGGAACAAGAACAAUGUGGCUUUAUCAAUUGUUGAAAUGAAGUUAAACCAAUAUAUGAACAUAAGAUGUGACACAUAUUUUUUAAUAUAAUUUUGCACCACACUUUUAAUUGGACACCACUUGGUCGAGACGCUGCAUUUUGUGUGACAAACCACUCAAAAGUGUGUUUGGUUUUGAUUUCUAAAAAAUAUAUAUGUCAGAUUUGGUGACCCUUAUACUUUCUCUGUUUUUUUUUCUAAAACAUUGGCAAAAAAGAAAGAACUUUCAUGUUAUAAAACUCGUGAGUUCUGAUACAAUUAUAAGAAUAAGUAACUUCCUUUACGUUAAAAUGUCUCAAAAACAUCGCCAUUUUUUAUUUUACUGACUUGUAAUGUACAUCAGAUAUAUUAACCAAACCCAGAACAUAUUAAAGUUGAUAUCAAGAAAGUAUCAAAGUCACCACCAUACUUUAUAAAAGGUUGGUUUGUCCACUUGUAGUGCCCACCACGGGUAUCGAAGCCUGGUUUUUAGCAUUAUAAGUUUUCAAACUUAUCGCUGAGCCACUGUGUGUGUGUAGGGGGGGGGGGUUAUAAAAAGACUAUGAACAUAUUUUUACCUUAAGAUUACACUUUGUGGUUUAUACACCGCAUAGAAUCGAACCCCGGAUUUUAGCGUUGUAAGUCCGUUGAACCUACUUAGAAACAUUAAUGAAGAUGAAUUGUCAAUAGUCACGAAUCAGUGGAUCUUUUACUGGACCUGUUCGUGAAAAAUACGAAGGAUAUAUAUAUAUAUAUUAAAUUAACAUUUGAUUACUAUAACUAGUAGUACAUUGCGGUCCUGACAUGUUUGAACGAGUUAAUCAUCAUAUUAAAGCAAAUCAGAAAACGAAAACUAACCUUCAAAAGUGGCUCAGCAGUAUGUCCACGGGCUUAUAACGCUAACAUUGAGUUUUCGAUUCCCGCUGUGGACAGAGUGCUGAUAGCCCAUUGUGUAGAUUUCUUCUUAUUCCCCGUCAACCAACAUGCUAGUCCUUUAAGUCUUGGGGGCGUUAUAAUGUAACGGUCAAUCCGUUGGUAAUAUGAGAAGACCAAGAGUUGGUGAUGUUGACUGGCUGCACAUCCUCGAUUUUAUCACUUCAAAAUUAGAGACAGAUAGAUAGACCCCCGAGUAGCUUUGCGCGGAAGUUGAACGAACAAACAAACAAUCUUGAGAGAAACAGAUGGUACUAACGAUACCUAUUCAAACAUUAUUUUAACGGAAAGUAUAGUUCAACUUUUGGUUGCUGUCGCAGUUUUACGCUGAUUGGUUUAAAGAAAAAUGCAGUGGAAAAUAAGUUCAACCCUUUUAUUUCGUCAUAUGCACAAAUUGCUUGAGACUAUAAAGAUGGAAAAGCCCGAGCGAUGUUCCGAUUGUGUGAAGAGCGUGUGAUUCCCCUGUGGCCAAAGUCAUAAAAUAAAAUAAAAAUGUUAAAAUUGUAAUAUGUAAAUUUAAGUUUCCCAACUUGGUCACACGUUAAUGAUUUAAUCAUGUUUUUUUUGCAGUACAGUCCCCUGGUGUGACAGCGGUUAGUCUACGGAUUUACAACGCUAAAAUCAGGGGUUCGAUUCCCCUCGGUGGACAUAGCAGACACCCUAUGUGACUUUGCUAUAAAUCACAGA